AAACAACUUGUGUUUCUAUGCUUGCAGCUGCUCUGAACACAGAACCCUCAUGAGUUCCUGAUAACAGGGAAGUGGUUUCUGGUGGGCUUGCAGUAGAAAAUCCCCAGAACUAGGGCUUGGCCAUUUAGUCAAGGAGAGCACUAUAUAAGCUGUCUGGGAACAUAAUAAAAUUGGCAUUCUUGCUUCAAGAGUGACCCAUGUCUCAUGUGUUCUUUAAUCCCCAGACCCUUGCCCAACCCUGGUUCCAGGUAGUACAAGCAUCAUGGCCCAGGAGCUCAAUAGGCUAUACUAUAUUUCUCUUAUAACCAUUCCCUAGAAUGGCUUGGUCUUGGGAUCCAACAUGUUAGAAAGUAAACCAGUAAAAAAAUGUAUUUGUCAUCUAUGACACCAUAAAUCUUUAAAACCUGUUGCCAUGUUUUGGUCAUUUAAGUCCUCUCUUGCCAAGGUAGAAGUUAGAAAACCAUGUAUCAACUCCCUUAUAGCUAGGUUAAGACACUGACCUGAGUUCCAACAGUCAGACUCACGAGUACAAGUUCUGAAUUCAGAAGUGAGUGAUAUGCAUUUAGGACACGACCUCAAAGUAAGAAUGGAGUGGAAUUGAGUGAUUAUUAUCAGGGUUUUGGUGACCAAUGAUGUCAUAUUUUCUGCUACAGAAACUGUCAUGGUGGCUGGUCAUGGUUCUUAGCUCUCUAUUCCUCCCCAAAUACUAUAAAAUGUACACUAUUCUUUCAUAAAUCCCUGUCCGGUUUAAAUUCACAGUUGGUUGCAACUAGGCAAGCUGGCCAGUACAAUCAGGACAAAGGCUCAGAAUCCAGGUCAAAGGCAGAUCAUCAGGCAGCAAUGGUACUGACAUUAGGGAACAGGCAGAGAAUGUGAGGCUGUGGCCCUCAGCGCUCCCUCUACUCUUGUGAUGAUUGCUAUGUCUCAUCAUCCCCAUCCUUUCUCCUUGGAAUUUUUUAUUAUACUAUAAUGUAUUCAUUUAUUUGGAGGGCAGGGGGACAAGACGUGGUGCUUGAGCAGUGGUCAGAAGGCAACCUAUGAAAGUUGGUUCUCUUCCUCCACUGUAUGGGUCCCAGAAAUUAAACUCAGAUAGUCAGGUUCAGGGAAGCACCUUUACCAUCUCACCAGCUCCUAGCCUUUACUCUGAAAAAAAAAAAAAAGAUUUAGAUUUAGAUUUUGUAUGUGUGUGUAUGAGUGUAUUCCUUAUAUGUAUAUAUGAAUAGCAUGUGCAUGCCUUUGGAGGUCAGAAGAGGGCACUGGAUCACCUGGAACUGGUGUUAUGGAUGGUUAUGAGUCUGGAUGCUGGAAAUUGAACUCGGGUCACCUGCAAAAGCAACAAGUGGCUCUUAUACCGGGACCUGUCAACAUGGGCCGUGUCCUCACCAAGACCGUGAAGAAGGCGGCCCGGGUCAUCAUCAAGAAGUACUACACGCGCCUAGGCAAUGACUUCCACACCAACAAGCGCAUGUGCAAGGAGAUCGCUAUCAUCCCCAACAAGAUAGCCGGCUAUGUCACACAUCUGAUGAAGAGGAUUCAGAGAGGCCCUGUCAGGGGCAUCUCUAUCAAACUGCAGGAGGAAGAGCGAGAAAGGAGGGAUAAUUACAUUCCUGAGGUCUCAGCCCUGGAUCAGGAGAUCAUUGAGGUAGAUCCUGACACAGAGGAGAUGCUGAAGCUUCUGGACUUUGGCAGUCUCUCCAACCUGCAGGUCACUCAGCCUACAGUGGGGAUGAAUUUCAAAACACCGCGUGGAGCCGUUUGAGUCUGUUCUGCCAUUUUCAAUAAAUCUGAAAAAAAAAAAAGCAACAAGUGCUAUCUACUGGACCAUCUCUCCACACACACACCUUCCCUGCCACACACACACGCUUCACGCUUUUUUAAAUAAAGUUUUACUUUUCUAAAUGUACAGUUGUUGGUUGAACCUGCUCAAGCAUCUUCACCAGCAGUUGGGGUAGCUCCACUUUUGGUAUUUCUGGUGUAAAUUACUUGGACUCUGAGUUUGGCACAUCCUUUACUAAGUAGCUCCAGGAGAGUUGUCCUGGCAAAGGAACCAGAAAUAUUCCGCCUCUCAGAGCCCACCACAGGAGUGAUAAACUUACAGAUGGGAACUUCCUUACAGUUUGUCAUCCGUAGCUGUGUCAAUGGGGCUAGAAUGUUGAGCUUGCCAUGAACUUGGUUUGGAUCUCUUCCUUUUGGCUUUAUUCUCAGACCUGCUUACUGGGCCUUUGUCUUUCUUGGCCAACUUUCCAGCAUCUUUCUUCUUGUCACCCGUCCUUGGGUAGCACAGUGGAGCUCAAAGAGUAUCAGCACCCUCUGCAACCGUGCUAUGAUGCAGGACAAAAGGCACAUCCUUUACUCUUAAAGCAAACAGUCAAGAUAACUUUUUGCCCUAAAAUUUAAGGGGUACUUUCCGACUUACAAAACACUGUGAUAGUCUCGUGGU